UUCCGGUAUUCUCUAAAGAAGUUUGAGUUCCUCACAGUUCCUCAGAGUGACUUGUGAUUGAAGUGUCACUGAAAGCUCAGGGUGUCUCUCGCUCUCUCUCUUUCUCUGUCUCCUUUACUUUUAAAAAGUUCAACUUCAGCCGGAAGCAAUAUGACAUUGCUAAGCAGCUGCAAUGUGCGCCCACUAAGAAGAGGCUCCACAAGACAGCCCAGAGGGCACAUGGAGCUGGGAGUCCGGAAUCCUUGGCAACAUAAAACUCAGGGAAAUCACCUCAGAUAUCCUUAAAAUGUGGAGCAAAGAUGGAGGAGGAACAAAAAGAAAAAAAAUGAAAAAGAAAAAAAAAAGGAACUGUCUAGUUGUCCCAGGAGGCUGGCCAUGAGUGCACAUAGAGGAAGUGUAGGGGUGCAAGGGUGCAGGGGUGCAGAAGAGGCGGUGUUAACAGCCUGCUGGUGAAAGAGGACAGUACAGAAAGCUUAAUUUGCUUCUCAGGACUCUCUGAGGUGGAAGGAGCUAGGCCUGCCUGCCGUGCCCGUGCAAACAGAAUUGCAGAAGUUGAGCCUACGCUUAUCACUUCCCUGAGAAGAAAAGCACAUUUCCAGUUUCCUGUGCCUAAGAGCAAGCACCCAGUGCCCUUCACGCUUCUCAAACCCAGGCUGACCUGUGCAUAUGGGUCAGGGGAUCAGGAUGGGGCCUGUGGAUGAGGCAAGUCUUUGCUACUUGAACUAGAGGAAGCAAUUCCAGAAGAACACAGUCUCCAGCACUGCGCAGACCCAGGAGCAGAAGACCAGGGGCGCUCAGUAAGCAGCCCUGCCACAAACCACAGCAGGGGCAAGAAAGAAGCGGACAUCGGGUACCCCUGACCUGGAAAACACACAUUCCAGCAUACACCCCUGCUGGAUGCCUUGUGUCUUGACGGCCUCACACCAAUUCCAAGGCUAGAACUGACUCCUGUCUCAUGUGCCAGAAACUCAGCCCACAUUCCGUGUGAAAGCGCCCCCCACCCCAGAGCAGGAAGCACAAGAUGGGGCUUUGGACGUGACAAGAGGGUCCCAGUAAAUGAGGUCACAGCCAUCCACCUCCUCCAAGGGUGUCUGCUAACGAGCUGUAUUUUAUUAACAUUAUUACUUCUUUGCUAUUUUUUUUUUUGAUGGAGCUGCUCCAGCUUUCUGAGGAUCCACAGUUUUGAGUCCAGACAUUGCUUUUAAAUUUUGCAAGACAGCUCUGAGGAUCACUCUACAUCUUUACUGCUAAGACAACUCCAGUGUCCACUCCCCACAGAAGGCUCCAUCUCAGGACCAGAGCUUCUAGACUGUACCAGAAUGAACGAAGACCAGAGUACAGAUGAGAAUGGUGCUGGCCACUUGUACUUGGAGAGCCCAUCACAGUUCAGGGAGUAUCUCACACAGCCAUCGUCUGAACACACUUCACCCUCAGAGAGUACCGUGACGUCCAGUGAUUCUGGAUCAGACACUUUGCACAUGGCUUCUGGUGACCUUGACUGCAAACCUCUCUGUGAGAAGGAGGAGGAAGCAAGAGCGGCCUCUGCCAUGCCAGGUUCCAGCCCAGCUCCAGAGAACGCAGCUUGUAGAGAUUCAGUGAGUGUGAGUGUGGCCAAGGCUGCAUCCCAGCAGGAAGCAGGAGAGGAACUCAGAACCACGGAAGAAGGAGGGAAGGGCAGUGCCUCAGGAGAAACGGAGGUUCCCACCCCUCCCAAAGCAUCUGUGAAGCUCCUUAACUUUCAGCAGAAUGAAAACACUUCAGCCAAUGAGAAGGAAGUGGAGGCAGAGUUCCUCAGGUUGUCUUUGGGACUUAAGUGUGACUGGUUUACGUUGGAGAAGAGGGUGAAGCUUGAGGAGAGGUCCCGGGACCUGGCGGAGGAAAACCUGAAGAAAGAAAUCACAAACUGUUUAAAGCUUUUAGAGUCACUGACACCCCUGUGUGAAGAGGAUAACCAGGCUCAGGAAAUCAUCAAGAAACUGGAGAAGAGCAUAAUGUUUCUCAGCCAGUGCACGACCCGCGUGGCCAGCCGGGCUGAGAUGCUGGGGGCUAUCAACCAGGAAAGCCGGGUGAGCAGAGCAGUGGAGGUCAUGAUCCAGCACGUGGAGAACCUCAAGAGGAUGUACGCCAAAGAGCACGCGGAGCUGGAGGAGCUGAAGCAGGCGCUGCUGCAGAACGACCGGUCUUUUAACUCUCUGCAGGACGAAGAUGACUGUCAGAUUAAAAAGCGUUCGUCUUCUCUAAAUUCCAAGCCAUCUUCUCUUCGAAGAGUGACCAUUGCCUCCUUACCCAGGAACCUUGGAAAUGUGGGGAUGGUAUCAGGCCUGGAAAACAACGACAGAUUCAGCCGGCGGUCGAGCAGCUGGAGAAUCCUGGGGACCAAGCAGGGUGAGCACCGCCCCUCCCUCCACCGUUUCAUCAGCACCUACUCCUGGGCCGACGCUGACGACGAGAGGUGUGACUCGAAAACCAGAGACGCUCCGGAACCACCAGGGGAAGAGACCGUAGAGAGGACCAGGAAGCCCAGCCUUUCUGAGAGGAGAACCAGCUCGCCGGCCUGCGACAGCGGCACAGUCUGCAGCUCAUUGGCUUCCUGGGUUGCUGACCUGCAGGCGUCCUUCAGAAGGGCCAACAAAGCGCUCUGGCUUGCGGGACUCUUCAUCAUACUGUUUGCAGCGCUGAUAAGUAUCAUCACAGGUCAGUUCUUCCAGACAGCCGUGGAGGCUGCACCCACACAGGAAGGGGACUCCUGGAUGUCUCUAGAACACGUCUUAUGGCCAUUUACCAGACUUGGGCACGAUGGACCUCCGCCAGUGUGACUGCCGGGCAGUACCCUUGGAUUUUAACACUUCCCUCUGAGAUUUGUAACUUAGUAACUUUUUAGUAACUAUAGUGCAAAGCUAGGGUCCUCAGCCGCUGAGAUGUUUUAAUUUCCCAACAAAAGCACAGGGGAGGAAUUUCACAACGGAGGAGACCCCACCUAGGGUAUUUUAAUGAGCUUUCUGAGUCAGAGACAUAAGACUUUAUUGAAAUGUAUCCAAAUAAAGACCAUUCAAAUCUUC